GUGUAACACACUCCCUUUAUUUCUCUCUCUCUUAUUCUUGUUUUCUCUGUCUUGACUUUUCUCGCUUUCUCUCCCUCUAGUGGAGGAUGGUGUGGGUCUGGAUGUAAGAUGCCCUCAACGACGUUGACAAGGAGGAGGACAUCAUCGUUGAGUCGAGCAGCAGUGGAAACCUCGUUGUAGAAGUCGAUGUGGUCGGGCAGUGGGGAACCUUCUUGCUCUUCUUGCCCUUUAGUGGUGCCUUCUCGGUCCAUGACCGUGACAUUGUAGGCGGCACGAAGGGCGGGAAUGACAGCUCGUGGAUGGCAAUCGGCUUCACCUUCGACGUCUUGGAAUAGUCGAACUGAAACUCGAACGGCGCGGUGGGGAGUAGGUACAACACGCCGGAAUCCCCAAUUACGAUGCCACCAUCUCGGGGAACUAGCCUGUGGUACUUGGAGCGGCGGUGGUGUUUGAGGGUUUUUGGCGGCUGUGGUACUUGGAACUGGCCUGUGGUUCGGGUUUUUUGUGGGGAGGGGGGUAUUUGGUUGAUGUUCCACGGGGAUAAAAGCAUUACUGGUGCUCACUUACUCUGCUACCCUGGGGCAUUUAACAUGACAACUGGAUCAUUACAUUGGGAGUUAUUGCAGAGGGCAAGGGCUACAGAUAAUCUGCAGUUCUUGAUGGAUGAACCAAAUAAGAGGCUUGAAACAGUAGCUUUGAAUUGAGAGAUACAUAGUGAAUGAGAAAUCAAACCCCCCAACCCCAUUAGGAAUUUAUAGUAGAUGUGUGAUAAGUUCUUGAAAGCAUAUGCUAAGGGAAGGAAGGUACUAUCCACAUUUGCAAGGUACGAUCGCAACGGCUCGUAUUAUAAUGAGAUAGAACGUGUUAAAUUGGCAUUGAAUAAGAGAAAACUUGAACACUAACUGUACGCAUACAUUAUAUGUUCUAACAUGUUCUCAAGCUGGAGCAUAUAUAUUAAUUAUUUUUAUCUUGUAAGUUGUAAAAUAUAUAGUUGAUUUGAGGAGUUAGCAAAAAUAUCUGCCAGAUAAUUGCAGCAGGAAUUUCUCAGGAGUUAUGUUUUUACACAUAUUCCACUUAAGUUUAUUUACCUUGAGUGGAAUGGUUUGAUAUCUCUCGAAAAGAACAUGUUGCAACAGCUGUAUUUGACAACAUAUAAUUGCCAGGUGUGGAAUGUGAUUCCAUGUUUUAAAACUUAGUUUUCUCAGAUGGGACUGUAUUUGGUCCAAACCUUAGUACCUUUAUACUGAAGGAACAACUUUUGAAGAUAUCUUUAUAUAAGUUCUUUUGUCUAUCUUUUUUCUGUUCAUCUAAUGCUUUUGAGAAUUGGACGACAAAGCUAAAUGAAUAAAUAAAUAAAUAAAAGAAAGUUAAAUAAACUAAUUAAAUAUAUUCACCUGUAUAUUUCCACCCUAAGUGUGAUGAGUUGUCAGCAUUAACUUAUGUAUGCAAUUCAUCUUCCCUACAUAUAUUCUUAAUUGACUUGUAGGUUCCUAUACCUAUUUUUUUUUUUUUUUAAAUUUCCCUCUUUCAUGAAAUGGCUGAAGAUAAAUGAUUGACUUGUGG